GCGAGAUUGUAGGAUAAUCGACAAGUUCGCUCCAAAUUUGGCAUCAAGCCCCACUUGAAUUGGCAAAAGAGAUCAUUCGUCUCAUCCUUAGCGAGGAAGAGAUUCCUUCAGUGGAUUCGCGAUAUUAUGAUUUCGCACAGACUGUCGAGAAUUGAAGAUGCCUAGAAAAUCGGAGUUUGUGACAUCUCUCUAGUACCUACCUAAGGCAAGGUCUCAACAUGAGUAUAAAUCUCCUGUGUGAAGACCCCCGACAAAGAACUCUGACAACGACAAGGUACCACAUCACACUCCAAUUCACAGACCACACUUGAACAACCAUACUAUAACACCACGACACCAACUUCACAACCAAACAUCAAAACACUAUCACACUAUUUUCGAAGCAUUACAAAAACUAAACAACAUGCAUUCCUCCCUUCGCGCCGUCUUCUUUGGAAUUUUGGGCAUCUCGACAUCUGCCUACGCCGAGCAUCUCCGAGUCGUCUGGUCAUCAGGCGCCUUCGGCGCCAUUGGUGGCCCCGACGGAUCCGGCACCAACGGCGGCUACACCGGCUUCGCCAUUCUCAAUGACGCCGGUGAGGCUGUCUACGACCAGUCCUACCCCAACGACCACUCUCCCUGUUACAACACUGGUGACGGCCGCGCGUUCACCAUCGAAGGCGACUGCUGGGAUACCGGACGAGUCUUCCACUGCAAGUCGGACUUUGGUGGCGCGCCCAAGACAUGCGAGGUCAAGGACAGCAACGGCAACGUUCUUGGCAGCGGGACACAACAGAAGGAUACUCAAUUCAUUGGUAUUGCUAUUGGUAUCGACGCUACUUGCGUAGUUGAGUUUGACUCUGACGGAUCUGGCUGUCCUGUUGAUGACGGCCACGGUCCCCUUCAUGUUACCUCGGGCUAGGGUUUGGCCCGACUGGCUGACCAGAGCUGCAUAUAAUCAGUACAUGGUAGCCUGUUAGGAAUGAAUGUGUACAGAAAAUAGGGAGAUUGAAAGAAUAGCAGCUACGAGUCCUGUGGGACUGUGGAUACCUGAGGCAG